CCUCCCCUCCCCGCGUUCCAACGGGGCGGGCCGAAGGAAUCACUGCCAUGAUUGGCGCCUUCUGCCACCAGUAGGGAGAGUCUUCGAAAAGGAAGCGAAGAAACAAGGCUAAAAGGAGAGGGGAAACCAGAAACAGGGGGCAGGGCCAUGUCGUCAUCAUUUAACGGCGACAAAAAUAGCGAGGUGGGCUGACGGCCUCCUCCCCUUGGAUGGAGGGUUCGAUUCCCGUCGUCCGUAAUUUUGGCGCUGAGGAUAUCUGAAGCUUGGAGGCACUUCCCUUAACUUCCGCGUGCUUUUAUUUCCCCCCGCCCCCCAACCCCCCAAAGCAGCUAUGAAUGACGCAGAAUAUGUCCUGUGCAAGAGAAAGGAGCGUUUGUGGCCAGCAAAGGUUUUGACUAAGGACUGUGCUACCACAAAACAGCAGGCUCAUAAAGCAGCGGCGACCCACCUCUGGGUUGAACUCCUCCAUCUGAAUGAGCAGUUAAGUAUCGCGGUUGGGCACCUGUCUUUUUCUGCCUUUCUCCUCUCUUCCUCCAAGGAUCUCAGAGCAGGGUAUGUGGUUCUUCCACCUCUGUGUUACCCUUACAACAUGGUGUUAUGGACCAGAGUGCCUUUUGAAGAUGUCGAACUGUUGACAGAGGAGACCAUUGAACGCAUCACUGUGCAGCUAGAAGGUCGCAGUGGGAAAUGCCGUGAUGUCGUGGAUGAGCUAAUUUAUCGGCGAGUUCUUCGAGAGGCUCUGGAUUAUUUGCGUCAAGCUGCACCAGGCAAAGAAAUAAGCCCUUCAAAGAUGGGAAGAAGCAAAACUGUAGCCCAGAAGGAAACCAAAGAACGAUCUUCGGUGACACGUGUGGCUAGCCGUCGACCGCCUUCCUCUCAAAAGGACAUGCGGCGGAGGAGAGGGAAGACCUGCGAGGCAUUAGCGGUGCCAGACGUCAUGGGUACCCAAAAUAAACCGGGUCGUCGUUCCAGGCAAACGACUGAGGGAUCUUCCAGUGCCAAAUCACCCACAUCUAAAUCAAGAGUUCUUUUGGGAAACGGAGAGCUGGAAGGCCGGCCCCACCGAGCACCCAAAACAAAAACGGCAGCAGUGCCUAAAAAAGUCGCCAUGCUGAAAUCGUCGUCCAGGCCUCCCGCGAGCAGAAGAUCGCCACGUUUCUCCAAGGCGGAUGAGAGGUACCGCGAAUGCAAGUCCAGCUGGGAAAGGAGCUCCCCCUCGUGUACUUCUAAAUGCUUUGCUAGGACCAGCACACCAGCUCGGGCUUCUCGCAGCGGCGCCAAGUUAACUCCAGGCAACAAGUGUAGCGAUAAAGCAGGGCUCAGAAGGAACCUGUUAGGCUCGCCUGUCAAAUGUCCAUCAGCUGAAGAGGUGAAAGAUCUCUCUGAGAAAGAAGCGUUUCCACCCAGGAAAUACAGCAAAGACUUGGGUGGCCAGAGGCAUCCCCGGGAGUCAGAAGGGACUCCUCAGGAGCAGACCCUGAUGGCAACCUCUCUUUGCUGGGAAGGAAAAUGUGCGAGUCAUCACAAGGACCCGCCCAGCAGCCCCAGUCCUGUUGGACCUGUUUUGGAUGGCACUCAAGAGGAAGGCCCAUGUCUGUGUGCGGACAGACCAGAAAACUCCCAGUGUUGUGAUUUGGAAGGGAAAGGCCUCGAGUCUCCCUCGGAUCCAGCACUGAGACUUAGUCCUAUCAGCGAGUCACAUUUCAGCUCAACUUUCAGGGAUGAAGAAGAAGCCGAGGAUGAGGAAGAACUCCCCAGAAUCUUCUUACAUCAAGAACCUUGUUCAAUGGAGCCGGGGAUGCUGGUUUGGUGUAAGCUUCCAAGAUACCCAUAUUGGCCUGCUGUGGUGAAAAGCGUGAUGCGGAAAGCAAAGAAAGCCAUUGUGCACCUCAUAGAAAAGGCUAUGGACGACAAGAAAUCCAAAGGUUUCUCCAUCUCUCUCAAAAAACUGAAACACUUUGACUGUGAGGAGAAGCAGACUCUGACAGAUAAAGCCAGAGAGAACUAUCAGGAUGAAAUCAACUGGUGUAUCAACCUGAUCGUAGACUACAGAAUUCGAGUAGGUCAGUCAGCUCUUUCUGCAAUGGGCACCUUCUUGGAGUACUGUGCUGACGACAUAAGCUACUCAGUCAGAAAAGAGACCCAUCUCAACCUGUCCCAGAUGAGCUUCCCCCACAUAUCAGAAGCAGACUCCGAAGAACCCUCGUUUGAGGCAACUCCUACUAAGCCUGCCAAGAAAGUUCUCCCCGACAGGACCCGAGCCGCCAGAGACAAGGCCAACAAGAAGAUCGUGGAGUUCAUUGUGAAGGCCCGGGGGGCGGACGAGCACCUCCAAGACAUCCUGAAGAGCAAAAAACCCUCGCGGUGGCUGAAGGAGUUCCUCAACGCGCCUCCGUACCUGACCUGCAUUGAGACCUACCUGGAAGAUGACAGCCAGCAGGACCUCGUGGUCGACUAUUUGGAAAAAGUUUACCAGGAAGUCAAUGCGGAGCUGCUGCCGCGCGUCAACGGCAACAACAUCAAGUUCAUCUUGGACGUCCUCUUUCCAGAGGCCAUCAUAUAUGCAAUUUCAGCCGUGGAUCGGAUUGACUACAAGAAGGCAGAAGAGAAAUACAUAAGGGGGCCAUUGCUCAGCCAAAGGGAAAGGUUGAUAUUUGAAGAGGAGAUCUUAGAAAAGAAAAGGAAGCAGCGUCUGCAGCAGGAGACACCCUUUGCCUUGUAAACCUGGCAGCUGAUUCCUUCCAAGUUUGUGGCGGGGGCCCCUGCGCGUGUACGUAGAAGAAACUGCAACACAUUGAUUUUUGUACAGAAAAAUUUAUUUCUUUUUUAACCUGAAAUACUUAAAAGGUCUAGGUAGUACUUCAGUCGGCAGAUUGGACAUCCCUAUACCAUUUUAACUGUCUCCCUCACCGUCUCCCAUAACCCCAACUCAUUUUAUUAGAAGAUUGAAAGAUCGGUCUUGCCUGCUGGUGUGACUUCUCUAAACAUGUAUCCUGUGUAUCAAAUCUUUGAAGGAAAAAUAAACCUUUUUUAUUACG